GCUUGCAACACUGUUGAGAGACGGCUGGGGAUAACAUGGCGGUGGUGGUCGGGCUUGGGCUGCUCGGCCUGUGGUAGUGGGAGAGAGAGGGUCAGGAUUUCCGCCUUCGGGGCGGUAGGGGCUGGUUCCCCCCCCCAGAGGACCUGAGAGCGCUAGGCUGUGGGUGGUGACGGUGGUUGCCGCCGGAGUGGCGGACAGCGGUUUUGGGACAUGGAGACGCCGCGAUUGGAGCAGCUCUUCGACUUUAGGAGGUUACCUACAGAUGGUUUAAUCCUGACCCUCCUGGUGUUGUACGCUCCGUUCGGCAUCUGUUUAAUGCUCCUCAGGAUAUUUAUUGGGAUUCAUGUGUUUUUAGUCAGCAGCGCCCUCCCUGAUAACUUUUUGCGAAGAAUUAUCGUGCGAACAAUGUGCUCGGUUUUAGGCAUGUUUGUUUCUCAAGCUGACCCCAGGCAACGAGAUAAAAAUGUCAAAACUUACAUUGCCAACCACAUUACCCAGUUUGACCACAAUGUGCUGAGUUUCAUCACACCAUGCCACACGCCCUUGCUGGAGGGUCGGCCUGGAUUUGUGAGCUGGGCUCGUGGCUACCUGGAGCUGGGCUGGGUAGAGAGCCGGACGCGUUUGGUGGAGUCACUUCGAGAGUACAGCUCCCCAGAGGGGGAGCAGACAUUAUUGUUAUUCCCAGAGGAUGAAAUGACCAAUGGAAAGGUUGGGCUUCUGAAAUUCAGCUCCUGGGCCUUUUCUGUAGAUAGUACUAUUCAACCUGUGGUGUUAACUGUGAAGAGGCCCUUCAUUGCUGUGAGUGUCGUCGAUUCCUCUUGGGUUGCCGAGCUGCUGUGGAUGUUUUUCAGUCCCUUCACCAUAUACCAAGUAAGGUGGCUGCCCAGAAUGACCCAAAUGGAAGAUGAAUCAGAGGAGGAAUUUGCUGUCAGAGUGCAAGAGCAUUUAGCUAUGGAACUCGGCAUUGUAUCGACUCCACAUACCAAGUCUGACAAAUUGGAAUACCUCAAAAGAAUGAAGCACGUGGCACCACAAGAGGCCAGCUCAGGAACUAAUGCUCCACCUUCGGGAGCUCGACCUCGUACCUUCCUUCCAGGAUUGAGCCUUAGCAGUCUGUCCGCAGAGGAUAUUCGGAUCGCUGGGAUGGCGAAGCAGGUCAAAGAGGUUUUGCCUCACAUCCCACUCAAUGUCAUUAAAAUGGACUUGGUAACUACAAAGUGUGUGGAUACAACCAUCACCAACCUGCUGGAGGGAAGGGUGCAGUUUGCUCCAGAAGAAGUUUCAGUCAGCUCUUCCAGCUUGUCCUUGUCAAAUAAGCCUCACGCUGCGCUUCACAAUUUGACUUCUAUGUCUCAGAAGAAGGUGCCAAGGGAUGUACCUGCACCCAAGCUUAUUUCUAAAACGACAUUUGAGAAAUCGCCAGUUGACAGACAUCUGUCCUUGCAAGAGAGGAAAGAAGCCUUGUAUGCUUAUGCAAGAAGGCGAUACAUUGAGAAGCAUGGGCUGCAGACACAGACGGAUGAGAGCCAGGACAGCGACAGGACCUGAGAUUUGCUCCAGCAUUUCAGCUCGUAGCUCCACAGAAAUGGCACUUGAAGUUUUUUUUUUCUUUCUUUUUGCCUUUUUUGGAGAUUGUUUGUCAUUUAUUUUGGAAAAAAACUUUCUCUUCAAUAAUAUGGGUCUAAUUUUUAAGAUAUUUUAUGGCAAACUUUUCAACAAUCACUUGCUGGGGAUGGGGUAAGGGAGGGAGGAGUUCUGCAGAGUGAUCUGUGUAGCAAUCAUGCAUAUUCCUGUCAUGGAUACCUCUGGGAAGCGGUUGUGUCCUUGUAUUUUUUGGAGUCUUUAUAAAAGAGCUUACAACUGA